GUGUCAGCAUUCUAGAUGUACCCUCUCUCAAACAGCACUUCUUCCUCCCGCUCCAAUGCAGAGACUGAGAUCAACUUCCUGAUGAAGCAGGCCCUGACCAUCGUGGCCACCCUGCCUUUCACCUACAUGCUGGAGGAGUGGAGGUGGCAGGUCUUCCUGGGGACCAUCCCCAAGGACCAGUGGAUGCAGCGCUGGUGGGAGAUGAAGAGGGAUAUGGUCGGUGUAGUGGAGCCCUUACCCAGAGAUGAGACAUACUGUGACCCGCCUGCUCUGUUCCACGUGUCCGGAGACUACUCCUUCAUCAGGUCUCAUCUCAAUAUCCCUCACAUCCAGCCACUCUCAACACCCCUCACAUCCAGCCAUUCUCAACACUCCUCACAUCCAGCCAUUCUCAACACCCCUCACAUUCAGCCAUUCUCAACACCCCUCACAUCCAGCCAUUCUCAACACCCCUCACAUCCAGCCAUUCUCACUACCCCUCACAUCCAGCCAUUCUCAACACCCCUCACAUCCAGCCAUUCUCACUACCCCUCACAUCCAGCCAAUCUCAACACCCCUCACAUCCAGCCAUUCUCACUACCCCUCACAUCCAGCCAUUCUCAACACUCCUCACAUCCAGCCAUUCUCACUACCCCUCACAUCCAGCCAUUCUCAACACCCCUCACAUCCAGCCAUUCUCACUACCCCUCACAUCCAGCCAUUCUCACUACCCCUCACAUCCAGCCAUUCUCACUACCCCUCACAUCCAGCCAUUCUCACUACCCCUCACAUCCAGCCAUUCUCAACACUCCUCACAUCCAGCCAUUCUCACUACCCCUCACAUCCAGCCAUUCUCACUACCCCUCACAUCCAGCCAUUCUCACUACCCCUCACAUCCAGCCAUUCUCACUACCCCUCACAUCCAGCCAUUCUCAACACCCCUCACAUCCAGCCAUUCUCACUACCCCUCACAUCCAGCCAUUCUCAACUACCCCUCACAUCCAGCCAUUCUCACUACCCCUCACAUCCAGCCAUUCUCAACACCCCUCACAUCCAGCCAUUCUCACUACCCCUCACAUCCAGCCAUUCUCACUACCCCUCACAUCCAGCCAUUCUCACUACCCCUCACAUCCAGCCAUUCUCAAUACCCCUCACAUCCAGCCAUUCUCACUACCCCUCACAUCCAGCCAUUCUCACUACCCCUCACAUCCAGCCAUUCUCACUACCCCUCACAUCCAGCCAUUCUCACUACCCCUCACAUCCAGCCAUUCUCACUACCCCUCACAUCCAGCCAUUCUCAACACCCCUCACAUCCAGCCAUUCUCACUACCCCUUCACAUCCAGCCAUUUAGCUUUAGGUG